UAUGGAGUAUUUCAGUUCUUCAACACAGUUUGAUGGACAUGCCAAUGUGAGCUCACCAAUGAAACUAGAUGAAAAACCCAUUAGAAGCGUUGUGAUUUCAACUACAACACCACCUCAAAAACGUCGUCGUGGAAGACCACCAAAAUGCCCUUCAGCAUCCGAUGGCCAACCAAGUCCUGCUGCUCAUUUAUCAGCCGCUGUUGUUAAACAAGGUACACCAAAAGCAAGCGCCCCUCUAAUGAGAAUUUCACCACUUAGAGGCAAAAGGAGAGAAAGUCAAAGCUCACCAAUCCAAAGGAUUGUGAAUCCAUCACCAAAAGGUGGUUUGCUGAUGAAGCUGGAUAAUAAUGAUCAAGAAAAACCAGUGAGUAAGAAAGCUAAGCGCUCAAGCUCUUCAUCCACUGAUGCUAUAUACUCAAUGACAUUAGCUGCAAACAAGACCAAAAAGGACAAUGAUUUUACGAUGGAUAACUUUGUAACACCAACAAAGAUUUCGCUGAGUGCUCAAGAAGGUAUCCAUUCAUUGACUGGUGGUUCAUCCAAAGCUGUGAAGACUUCAGUCAACCCAAGCUUAUUAUUAUCAUCACCAAUGCCUAACUCGCAUGGUUUCAACAAUAAAAAAAAGUCUCAAACUGAUAACAAAACCAAUGAAAGAAAAGGAACUAAACUGAAUUCAAGAACACAAACCACUAUGUUAUCUUCAUCCCCAGCAACUCCAAACUCGUUGGCCUCUUCUUGUUUUUCUUCAAUUAUCCAAUCUUCACCUUUAUACCAUGGUUAUUAUGCUAAUCAGUCAUCUCCAAAUCCUUUGACUUCAAGCCCAAUCAAGUUUCAAAUGAAACCAAUUGAGUUACCAGACUUGAAAAGGCAAUCAAACAAAAAUGACGGUGCUCAUUUACCAAAGAUUGAUGAAAUACCAAAAAAUCCAUUCAAUUCACCAAAUUUGAAGCCACAAGAAAAUAACUCUCCUAGUCCAACUAAAGGUGAAUUUCAAUUGAGUUUCUCUAUAGAUGAAAGAGGGCAAGCUCAAGUUAUCAAAGUUAAAACAGUUUCAAAAUCAAUUCCUCAAGCUUCAGCAAGACCAACGUUUACAAGACAUGAAUCACUGAUGAACAUUAGCCAGAACCCAUACAAUUUAGGGAGAUCUAGUUCAUUAUCAAACAUACAUGCGCAUAAAUCACAACCUUCUAUUUCUGGUGUUUUGGAUGAAAAUUCCUCUCAAGACUACAAUGAAAUGUUUAUUGAGCCAUUGAAAAUGACUUCAGAUCCGUUACUAAGUGAAUUUAAUCAGACCAUUGGUUUGGAAAACUUACCAAAUUCAGAUAAUUCAAGUUUAAUGGAUGAUGAGAAUGAAAUUGAAGAUGAAAGUAUGAAUUAUGAUGCGAGAAAUGCUUUGAUUAAAAUGAUUCGUCGCAGUGUGUGAUAAGAAAUAUAUUUGGUUUUUUGUCCUUCAAUUCUUUUAACAACUGGUUUUGUUUUUUAUUGAUUUUUGGUAAUGUUUUUGGUUUUGUUCGGUUUUUCUUUGGUGCUUUUCAAUUUGGUUUUAGUUCUAUAACCGUUGAUGAUUUUUGUCAACUGGUUUCUGCUGUUUGAUGG